AUGGACACGGCGAGGAUGAACUCCUUCCUCGAUUAUCCGCCCAUCCUCAACGGCGGCGACUCCGCCACUUGCUCGUCCCGUGCCUACCACCACCACCACCACCAUCACCACCACCCCGACCAUGGGAUUACAACCACUUUCCAGUCGUGCGCUGUCAGUGCCAACAGCUGCAGCGGGGACGAUCGCUUCCUGGUGGGCAGGGGGGUCCAGAUAAGCCCCCAUCCCCACCACCCCCACCACCAGACCGGUGCUUACCAGCAUCACCCCAGUCUGGGGAUGUCCUAUUCACACCCCAGCUGUGGGCCAAGCUACGGAGCGCAGAACUUCGGCGCGGGGGGCUACGGCCAUUACCCCCUCGGUCAAGAGGCAGAGAUUAAUGGGGGCUACCCUCAGUGCGCUCCUGCGCUCUACUCGGGUAACGUGCAGCACCCUCAGAGCUAUUCUGGGGGGGCAGUGGGUUCUGCUCAGUACCUCCCACACUCUUACGGAGACGAGCAACAGAACUUGCCCCUCACGAAUUACAGCCACCCCUUGUCCCCUCUGCACUCCGGCCACCAGGAGACCUGUGGCUCACCUUCUUCGGAGAGCUCCCCUCCAGCCCAGACCUUUGACUGGAUGAAAGUGAAGAGGAACCCGCCUAAAACAGGCAAAGCUGGCGAGUACGGGUACGUCGGUCAGCCUAACACCGUCCGAACCAACUUCACCACCAAGCAGCUGACUGAACUGGAGAAAGAAUUCCACUUCAACAAGUACCUGACCAGGGCCCGCAGGGUGGAGAUCGCUGCUUCGCUGCAACUGAACGAGACCCAGGUCAAGAUCUGGUUCCAGAACCGCAGAAUGAAGCAGAAGAAGAGGGAGAAGGAGGGCUUGCUGCCCAUCUCCCCGGCCACCCCGACCGGAAGUGAAGAAAAAACAGAGGAGUCCUCGGAAAAGUCCAGCUCAUCCCCCUGUACCCCGUCACCAGCCUCCUCUACCUCAAACACUCUGACUACCUCGAACUGA